AUGCUAGCGGAUGGAUGCAGGAUGCAGAAUUUUUACUGUUUCUACAACAUUUUAAAAGACAAGUCAAGCCACAACACAGUCGAUCAAAAAUGUUUGUUACUGCUCGACAACCAUGCAUCACAUGUAUCUAUUCAAGCUAUAGACUUUUGUAAAGAAAACGGAAUAGUACUGCUAUCGUUUCCACCCCAUGGCACCCACAAGAUUCAGCUUUUGGAUAGAGCAGUAUUUGGGCCAUUUAAGAAAAUGAUAAACACCGCUACAUACAACUGGAUGCGAAAUCAUCCUGAUCGAACGAUGACUAUUCAUUACAUUCCUGGUAUUGUUAAAGAAGCAUUUCCUCUUUCUGUAACUGAUAAAAAUGCAAUUGCUGGAUUUUCCUGUACCGGUAUAAGUCCAUUUAAUAGGAAUAUAUUUACUACUGUUGACUACGCGCCAUCAUCUGUGACUGACCGGCCAUUAUAA